GGAGUCCCCGGCACACAUCCUGUGUCCAUGUUUGGGCAUUUACGUCACGGCGGCAGGGCCGGGGCCUCCCGAAAUGGCAGUGGCCCGGGGAGUCGGAAGCCCGGAGCCAGCGCCGCCGCAGCUAUAUAAGUGGGGGGGCUGUGGGUUGGGGGAGCCUGGCUGCGCUUUGGAGAGGCGACGAGCCGCCGCCCGAGGCCGGUGCGGGCGAGCGAGGGUGCCGCGGCCUCCCAACUCCCUUCCCAGUGGUGAGCCCCCGGAGCCAGGAGCCCGAGCGCCUGGGUCUGCGCGCCGUGGGGCGCCCCGACCGCCGGCCUCCCUGCCACCCGCGCGCCCCCAAGCCCAGCGGGCGAGGCCCCGGGCGCCCCACAAUCGCCGCCGAGCCAUGCUCCACCUUAGCGAGUUUUCCGGCCCCGACGCGCUCUUCGUCAAGUCCACCGAGGGCUGUUGCGCCGAACCUGACGCUGAACUGCCCCGGCUGCCCUCCAGGGACGCUUCCGCGGCUGCUGGCUACCCCGGAGCAGGCGACUUCUUGAGCUGGGCUUUGAGCAGCUGCGGCGCCGGGGGAGACUUAGCCGACUCCUGCUUCCUGGAGGGUCCUGCACCCACACCCCCUCCCAGCCUCAGCUAUAGCGGUAGUUUCUUCAUUCAGGCGGUGCCCGAACACCCGCACGACCCGGAGGCACUCUUCAACCUCAUGUCGGGCAUCUUAGGCUUGGCACCCUUCCCUGGCCCUGAGGCGGCAGCAUCCCGGUCCCCACUGGAUGCUCCUUUUCCCACGGGCCCCGACGCCUUGCUGCCAGGCCCCCCGGACCUUUACUCCCCGGAUCUGGGCGCUGCCGCCUUCCCAGAGGCGUUCUGGGAAGCCUCACCUUCCACAGGCGCCCCCUCCCAGUGCCUGUAUGAGCCUCAGCUCUCCCCACCCGACGUCAAGCCGGGUCUCCGGGCGCCUCCGGCCUCUCCAGCGCUGGACGCUGCCUCGGCCUUCAAGGGUCCCUACGCGCCCUGGGAGCUGCUUUCCGUUGGGGCCCCAGGGAACUGUGGGUCACAGGGAGGCUACCAGGCGGCCCCCGAGGCUCGUUUCUCCUCAAUAGGGACCAAGAUUGAGGACCUACUGUCCAUCAGCUGCCCUGCGGAGCUGCCAGCCGCCUCAGCCAACAGACUCUAUCCCACCGGAGCCUACGAUGCUUUCCCGCUGGCCCCUGGUGACUUAGGGGAGGUGGCCGAGGGCCUCCCAGGGCUCCUGACCCCUCCUAGUGGGGAGGGAGUGAGCAGCGGCGACGGCGGAGAGUUUCUGGCCGGUACGCAGCCUCAGCUUUCCCCGCUGGGCCUUCGCAGUGCCGCCGCGGCGGACUUCCCGAAACCUCUAGUGGCGGACAUCCCUGGAAGCAAUGGCGUGGCUGCGCCACCCGUGCCCCCGCCGCCCGCCCCGUUCCCCCCAGCCAAGGCGCGGCGCAAGGGGCGCCGGGGUGGCAAGUGUAGCGCGCGCUGCUUCUGCCCGCGGCCGCACGCCAAGGCCUUUGCUUGUCCUGUGGAGAGCUGUGUGCGGAGCUUUGCGCGCUCCGACGAGCUCAACCGCCACCUGCGCAUCCACACGGGCCACAAGCCUUUCCAGUGCCGCAUUUGCCUCCGCAACUUCAGCCGCAGCGACCACCUCACCACGCACGUGCGCACCCACACCGGCGAGAAGCCGUUUGCCUGCGACGUGUGCGGCCGCCGCUUCGCGCGCAGCGAUGAGAAGAAACGGCACAGCAAGGUGCACCUCAAGCAGAAGGCGCGCGCCGAGGAGCGGCUCAAGGGCCUGGGCUUUUACUCGCUGGGCCUCUCCUUCGCCGCUGUGUGAGCAGGAGAUGGGUCUGUGGGUUGGGGCGCCGCCGCUCGGCGCGCACAAGAAGAUCCGGCCUGUUCCCCUCCUCGCUUUUCUUCCGACUGUCCCUCGCACGCCCGGGGGCCGGCCUCCGUCCCGCUUCCAGUUCCCCUGCAGUGCCCGCCGCACUCGCCCUGUUCAGCACCAGCUCCGCGGACAGCUCCCGCCGUCCGGGCGCUGUCUCCCUAGUUCGCAGCGCUUUGGGGGGGAAGUUCCCUCAGGCCAUCCACUGAGUAGGCACUUCCUUGAGACUCCAGACAGUCUGUUGUACCUGGCGCACGCCCCACGCCCUCCUCUACACCCCCCAGAGACAGGCUGGGGCAGCGCCGAGCCGGUCUCGCGCGGGACUUUGUACAGCAGUGUCGUUUCCAGCAGCCAUUGGAUCUAACGUUUUGCUUUGGGUUCUUUUUGUUUGUUUGUUUGUUGUUAAUUUUUGUAAAGCAGACGCUACUCUCAAGUAGUUGACAAAACUGUUUAUUUUUGCAAUUAAAAUUAUUGUGCUAAAA